UCGCUCUGCUGUUUUUCCUGGACAGCCUCGGUUUAUAUUUACUCCUCCAUUCCUCUCUGCUUUGCAUGAGGCGGCCAGCUGGGCUGGUCCGUGAACGCACCUCCCUCUUCCUGAGUGGCUCUCCUACUUUUUGUCGCGCGCUGAAGGGAGCGCCCGCCGCCGCUGCGUGACUCCAUCCAGCCCGGGUCUCAGUCCACAGGGUCAGGACCUGGAACACGGGAGGACAGUCCGAGACCAGCGAGGACUUACAGCGUGAGAGCGGAUCAGAUCAGACCUCGACUCGUGUGUGUGAAAGUGGGACAAACAUCAGCACCGCUUCCCACGGACUAAUCUCCCCAAGAAGGCGGGGGUUGGGUGUUUGUUUUCUAAAGGGGUACCGCUCGUUUACUCACGCACACACACACACACACACACACACCCCUCCUCGGCAGCAUCCUGAGCAGGUCCUCUGGUCAUUUUCUACUUUGAACGAGCAACAGGUUGAGUCUCAGCAGCAGCAGCAGCAGCAGCAGCAGUGUGAAGGCGAGACCAUGCCGAGCAAGAGCCAGUGUCUGCGCCCGCGGCUGUGCACGCUGGAGAAGGGGGACAACGGCUACGGCUUCCACCUCCACGGGGAGAAAGGUAAGACGGGGCAGUUCAUCCGGCUGGUGGAGCCCGACAGCCCGGCUGAGACCUCAGGGCUCCGCGCCGGAGACCGGCUGGUGUUCGUGAACGGGGAGGACGUGGAGAACGAGAGCCACCAGCAGGUCGUGUCCCGGAUACGAGCCACGGCGGGCCGGCUGGAGCUGGUGGUGGUGGACCCGGACACGGAGCAGCUGCUGAAGAAGCACAACAUGAAGUGUCUGCAGGAGUACGUCACCGACGGCGUCCCGCUACCUUUCGACGAGGAAGAGGAGGAAGAGGAGGAAGAGGUGGUGGUGGAGGAGCAGCAGCAGCAGGAGGAGGAGGACGAGGUGGUGAUGGUGGAGGAGGAGGACGUGGAGGUAGACGGGAAAGAAAACCUGGGUGUCAAAGAGGACGAGGUGGUGGAGGACGAGGUAGAGGAGAAGGAGGUGGUGAAGGAGGAGAUACCGAGGGAGUCGACGCCGGUGCCGGAGAGUAACGGAGGGAUCCACGGGCACGUCGAGAAGAAGCUGAGCAUCAACUCUGAGAAGGAGGUGUCCACCGAACUUCGGCCACGUCUCUGCGUGAUCCAGCGAGGGUCUAAUGGAUAUGGCUUCAACCUGCACAGCGAGCGGGCACGGCCGGGCCAGUACAUCAGAGCUGUGGACGAGGACUCUCCCGCCGAGAGGGCCGGCCUGCUGCCCAAGGACAGGAUAGUACAGGUGAACGGCGUGUCAGUGGAGGGGAAGACACACUCAGAAGUAGUGGCGGCCAUCAAAGUGGGGGGGAGCGUGGCUCGUCUGCUGGUGGUGGACCCCGACACAGACGCCUUCUUCAAGAGGUGCCGAGUGAGCCCCACCCAGGAGCACCUCACCGGUCCGCUGCCUGAGCCCGUCAUGAAUGGAGGGAUGGAGGAGAAGGUGAACGGUAGAGGGGCCAAAGAGGCGGAGAGGGACUCAAAGCUGUCAAUCAGUCCAUCGCCAUCCAAUGCCUCUUCCAACGCCUCGCUCACAACCCCGCCUACAAACACCCCACCUGAGGGUUUGAUCUCUGAAGCCAUCCCAGCGCUCAACCUGUCCCUGCAGCAGGUCAAAGAGCUCGCCCACCAGAAACGCUCCAACAAGAGAGCCCCGCCAAUGGACUGGACCAAGAAGAACGAACUCUUCAGCAACCUAUAGGCCUCUCAGCUCACCUCGCACACACACACAUGCACACACUCACACACAGAUUUUGUAGUGAUUCUUAAAGAGAGACGUCAGAGAGACAUUUUUUAAUUGUCAUGACACUAAAAAAAAAAGCUAUUGGUUACUACUAUUGGCUGCAGACAAAUCAAAGCCGUUCUGUAAAAUAUAGUAUUCCUCUUAUUAUUAUUACUCUUCAUGUUAUUAUAAUCCAGAUAUUAUACUGUUUCUGUAUAAUGUGCUACUAACAAGAACGAUUCGUAUGCCAAUGAAAGAGAACUGGACCAUGUUGAGAAUGUGUUUGUGCGCAUGUAUCCACCAUUUUACUGUGUGUGUGUGUGAUUGUGUGUGGACCCUGACAGUCCCUGCUGGCAGGAGUCUGACGCCUGUGGAAACGCCUUUUAACGAAGCACUCCUCCGUCUAUCUUUUAAAGGUUUAUACUAACAUUUGAAAUGUUUGAAAGUUGUCUUCAGUUAGAAAGACAAAAGGGACCAGUCACGUUAAACCAGCCCGACAAUCAGUUCAUCAUUUAUGUUUUUUUUGGCUUGUAGGGAUCGUCCCGACACGAGACAGAGUUCAGUUUACUUUCAGGUCAUUUAUUUCACAAUUGUCUUUAGUUUCUGAAGAUGACAGAUUACGUGUUAGUACAGAAGGUGAAGACGCCGUUAUCUCAAGAUCGCACGUUCCGUUUGUCAGAGCUCCUUCUGAUAUUUUCAGAUUGCUUUCCUCAUAGAGUUAUUUCUAACACCGAACCUUUUUGGAAUCCCUUAUUUGAAGUACUGGCUUUAUACUGGAAACAAAGUGGGUUCUCUUAUAAUGUGUGUAUAUAUUAUAUAUUUCAUAUUUCAUGUAUAUUUUUACAUUUCUGACAUAAAUCCAAACCCUCCGAAAUGAAAGAGCUCAUUUUUAAUCACGUGUAUCCGAACGUUGUAUGAACACAUGGCGUCCUCUCUUAUUGAAUGUGAACUAGUUUAUUAUGAGUAACUUAUACUGUCCUCACUUUGCCACCGUGUCCACUGAAUGGCUCUUUUCAGUUCACAAUUCAAGGAUAUGGGAUAUUUUUAUUGCUCUGUGACAUUUUUACACAUUUCUAUCAGUGUCUUAAAAAAAAAAUCUGUAACUUUGAGAUGAUGUAUUUCUUAAAGAAUGUCUGCGCUUCACUAGAGUUAGAAUGCAUUUUGUCAGGUGUUGAGAAUAGUGAUGAUAUUUCAAAAUGAAUGAUGAGGAAUUAUAUGAAGAAUUUUUUUUGUAGCCUGUGUAAGAAGUGAUUUCUAUACUGCAAUAAAUCUGUCAUCACAACAACAUUA